GCAUAACUAAACACUUAUUACCGGAAAAAUAUAUAUUCUGAAGUUGUAUUUAGACAUUCGUUAGAGGCAAGUGUCAAGGAGAAGAACGACGAGGGGUGGGAAUGAUGAACCGGUUCAGAAAGUGGCUAUACCGACCGAAGAGGUCGGAUCCCCAGCUCCUUGCCCAGUUCUACUACGCGGAUGAGGAGCUGAACCAGGUGGCCACGGAGCUGGACAGCCUGGAUGGCAGGAAGGACCCUCAGCGCUGCACCCUGCUGGUCAACCAGUUCCGCUCUUGCCAGGACAACGUGCUGAACAUCAUCAACCAGAUCAUGGACGAAUGUAUACCUGGCGACCGAGCCAACCGGGACUUCUCUGUGAAGUUCCCAGAGGAGAUCCGACACGACAACCUAGCAGGCCAGCUGUGGUUUGGAGCUGAGUGCCUGGCCGCAGGCUCCAUCAUCAUGAACCGUGAGGUGGAGAGUGUGGCCAUGCGGCCCCUGGCCCGGGAGCUGACGCGCAGCCUGGAAGAGGUGCGGGCGCUGACCCGGGACCAGGCUCUGCGUGACCUGGACCGCUACAGCGAGCGCAUGUGUCACGCCCUGCGCCAUUUCGACAGCCUCUUUGCCCAGUUCGAGCUCAGCUACGUGUCAGCCAUGGUCCCUGUUAAAUCCCCCAAAGAGUACUACGUCCAGCAGGAGGUGAUAGUGCUGUUCUGUGAGACGGUAGAAAGAGCCCUGAAGCUGGGUUACCUCACGCAGGACAUGAUCGAUGACUAUGAGCCUGCCCUGAUGUUCACCAUCCCCCGACUCGCCAUCGUGUGUGGACUGGUGGUCUACUCUGAUGGACCCCUCAACCUGGAGCAGAAACCAGAGGACAUGUCUGAGCUCUUCAGGCCCUUCUGCACCUUGCUGAAGAAGAUCCGUGACCUGCUGUGGACCCUGACGGAGGAGGAACUUCUGACCCUGGAGAGGAGCCUCUGUAUCUCCCAGGAUGGCGAGUUCCCUUCGGAGGACCCCACUCAGCCUUCACAGGACACGCAACAGGAAGCCCAGGAACAGGAAGGCGGGGGCGAGGAGGAGGAUGGCAGCACUGAGCCAGGGGCGGAGCUGGAGGCGGAGCUAGCCGGAUCUUUACAGUACGACGAGCUGGAACUCGAGCAGCUGAACAUGAUGGUGCACCGGGUGGGUGACGAGAUGUCCAGCCUCCUGUCCCCACCCAGCCAAGCCCAGUCCCCCGCCCGCUGGAGUGGGACCGGGGCCAGCUCCGGUGCACAGCUGCCCUCGCGGCGUCACCAGGCCAGACCGGCUCAGGAGGAAGAGCGGGUCUUCUUAAUGGAGGAUGUGGAGGGCUCCCAGGGAGGGCAGGCGAAGAGAGGCUCCAUUGCCAGUGCAGCUGGGGAGGAAGGUCCUGAGCUCCCUCUACAGGCCAGUGGCGGAACUACUGCGGAGCGGGAUGUGGAGGUGGCACAGAAAAUCGCCCACAGAACAGGAGGCAUGAAGCUUUCGGCUACGGUCAUCUUUAACCCCCCAUGGCCUGAGCCAUCGGACCCGCCCCCACCCUCAGACCCCUGCCACCCCCUGCUGGCCACACACUGCCUGCUGAACUCUUGCGUUUGCUGCACCAUCUGUGAGGAAGAGCCCGCAGACCAGCUCAGGCCUGUAGCAUCUGCCCCCGUUGUCCAGGCAACGGAACUGCUAUCCAAUGGGAGCAUUCCAUCAAGAAAAGUGGUACUGCCACUUGAAGAGGGCCCCCAGCCUGGGGACGAAGUGAUGUUCCUGGUUCCCCAAAACUGUCAGCAUGCAGACUGUUUGCAGGGACAGCCUCCAGCCACCAGGGGGCACAACAGCAGUACAGAGCCUGGAGCAGACAGGGCGCUCACGCAGGAUGGGAUUGUGGAUGCCACGAGCAACAUUGCCCCCGACGAGGUGGAGAAGCGGGAGGUCCAGCUGGCCCUGCAGGCUGCCAAGACGUCCGCCCACAGCAAGAUCCGCACGCGCUUCCACAGCAGCGGUGACCUCGUCCACCGCCUCUUCGUCUGCAUUUCGGGUGUCGCCGAUCAGCUCCAGACUAACUACGCCAGCGACCUUCGCUGCAUUUUGAAGACGCUGUUCGAGGUCAUGGCGAGCAAGCUGGAACUGGAGAGCAACAACAAGCCGAAGAACGCAGGCCCAGGCCUGCUCAAUGCAGUGCUGGAAGACUGCUCACUCUGUCAGGAGACCAUCACCUCCUCCGAGCUGGCAGCCAAGGCGCGGGACGGUCAGUUUGAAGACCCCCCAGACUGGGUACCAGAUGAAGUCUGCAGCCACUGCACUGCCUGCAAGGCCCCGUUCACCGUCAUCCGGAGGAAGCACCACUGCAGGAGCUGUGGAAAGAUCUUCUGCUCACGCUGUUCCUCCCACUCAGCCCCGCUGCCCCGGUAUGGUCAGGUGAAGCCUGUACGGGUCUGCACCCACUGCUACAUGUUCCACGUCACUCCUUUCUACAGUGACGGGACGGGCAUCUGACCCUGUCGGCGCCCACCCCGGCCAGCAGGGGGCGUCGGCAAGCACAGCAAAGAAGUCCCGCUGGACAGGACACACGCCCCAUCGCUGACGUCGACUCGCACCCGAAUGUGCAUGAACAUUAUCCGAUUCUGCUACAGUCAGAAACAGCCAACAUGCUAACAGUGCCACAACACUGCUGUAACUUGGAGCUCUCACACCUCUGGAAAGCAGACUCUGAACCAGGACAGAUGAACGUCUAGGUCAUUGCUGUCUUUGGAUUUUAGCCACUAAAACUGAAGCACUGGGUUUGCCCUGUUAGCCAUGAAUCUCUCUGGAAGACACCUUUAUGACUCUCACUCUAAGUAAACGCAGCAUACAGGUGAGAAAUCAGAAGACGACCUCAGAGGUGUGACUGUAGCAGCACGGACCAUGACAGGCCACUAUGAUGACCAGCAAACAAACCUGAGCCUCUACUGGAGCAGCUCCUGACUGCACAUUCUAUAGCCAGUACCUUCAUCCACUGUCCCUGUCAUCAACUGUAUAAACAGCCAUCCUGGCCGCAGCCCUCACUGGCUCACUGCUGUACAUCGCUCCACACCAAAGGUCAUGUCAACAGUCACAUGGUUAUUUACAUGAUAGUUAUAUUAAUACUGCUCAUAUAAAGAGAGGGCUAUAAUAUUCUGUUACUGAGAAUGUAUGUACCGGACAGGGAACAGCUCCAGAUUAGCUGUCCUUUUUGAUAGAACGUUGCUCAAAACAAAUGGCUUUUCUUAUUGACUUCUUUUUCUUUGCACUUGAGAACGGCAGUGAAUGUGUACCAGAAUGGACAGCCACUAACGCUCCUGUAAUGCCUCCGCAUGCGGACAGCCGCUAACCCUCCUGUAAUGCCUCCGCAUGCGGACAGCCGCUAACCCUCCUGUAAUGCCUCCGCAUGCGGACAGUCGCUGGCAAAUUUCCAAAUGGCCUGACACAAUACAGGUCUUAAAACGGUCUUCCACUGUCUAGACUCCAACGCAGUGUACACUUCCCCACGCAGUCCUACUUGUAGUGCGCACUCCCUUAUACCCUGACUAGGCUCCAACGCAGUGUACACUU